AGUGAAGCUGCGUUUUCGAGUACAAAGCAACGUGCGAAGCCUAAAUUUAAGGUUAGGUGUUAUGGCUGGAAAGUGGUAGGACAUAAGUUGUCUGAGUGCCUGAAUAAGAAGACAAGUGACACAUAUACAUCGAAGGCUCAUAUGAGUGAGGCAAGCGCUGUUGGCUUUGUAAGUGUGAGAACAGGAGAUUUGAGGAAAAUGGAGUGAUUUAUAGAUUCUGGUUGUUCGGAACAUUUGGUUAACGACAAAACACUUUUUGAAGAAUUUACACCAUUGAAUCAACCUGUUGAAAUUGCCAUUGCAAAGGGUGACGUCACGGUUCGUGAGGAUCUUUCGGGAGCGAUCAGAGUGGUAAGCAUCGUUCAAAGAAGAAAAGUCGAGUGCGUAGUGAGAAAUGUUUUAUAUGUGCCAGAUUUGAGAUGUAACUUGUUCUCGGUAAUGCGUGUCGAUGAAGCUGUAAUGGCCGUAGUUUAUAAAAACGGGACAGUUGAAAUUCAUCGUGAAUCAGAAAUUGUUGCGCGUGGUAAACGUAUCGGAAGGUUAUACCAACUGGAUUUUUGCUAUCGACGAGGCAAUGCGAAUUCUAUUUUGACGACGGGUCGUAUGUCAAAGGAGUUAUAAUUGUGGCAUAAACGCUUAGGGCAUCUGAACUUGCGCGGUAUCGAGUAGCUGGUUCGUGGUGAAAUGGUCACUGGACUAAAAGUGACAUGUACGGACAAACUAAGUGUUGUUUGCGAAUCUUGCUUGGUCGGGAAGCAUACACGGAAUACGUUUCCGUCUCGUAAUGAGAAAGAUCGUCUCGAGUAUUAGAACUUAUACAUUUGGAUGUGUGUGGUCCUGUUAUUCCCGUUGGUGUGAAUGGUGUGAAAUACUUCGUGACUUUUGUGGACGGUUGAAGCCAUUUUUGUAUGGUAUUCACUAUUUGUUAAAAGAGUGAAGUGUUUGACCGUUUCCGCGAGUCAGUGCAAAAUUUGGUAAAAGAAUUAGUCAUUUGCGAUGUGACAAUGACGGCGAAUACCGCAGCAAGGUGUUUGAUAAUUUCCUGAAGCAAAAGGACUAAAUGUGGAGUGACGGUUCCACACACUCCUCAGCAGAAUGGGGAGAGUGAACGGAUGAAUCGCACGCUGGUUGAUAAGGCUAGGACCAUGAUACAGGAUUCAGGUAUCGACAAGCGAUUCUGACUCCAUACGAACCCUGGGAAGGCAGAAAACCAGGUGUAGGAAAACUUAGAGUGUUCGGAUGCAGUGUUUUUGUGCACAUUCCGACGGAACUACGUUCUAAGCUGGAUGUAAAGGCUUGGAAAGGAGUUUUCGUUGGUUAUGCCAUCAAUGUUUAUCGAGUUUGGAAUCCGAUACAGCGGGAAAUAGUUCAUGUGUGUGACGUGUGUUUUUGGAGGAUUCGUAGACCAGCGUGAGUGCAGUUGACGAUUUGUCGGUAAAUGAUUUCAUUUCAACAAAGGUGGCUGGCGCUGGUUCAGCUCAGUGUGAAUUGGAGAGUAAAAUGAGUGAUACCGAAAGAGUCAAUGAAAUUUAGUAGCUAGAAGAAUUAAUUAACUAUAUGGUUUAGAUUACAAUGAAACAUAAUCGCCGGUUGGUAGAAUGGGCAUACGAGACGAACGAGAAGAAAAUGAUAAUAUAUCAAAUGGAUGUUCGAACUACUUUUCUGAAUAGCUAACGUCAACGUCCGAGAUCAUUUUUAUGGUGCAGCCUGAGGGGUUUGAGAGAGGUUCUGGUGUGAUCUGGUGGUGUGAUCUGGUGUGUCGCUUGCGAAAAUCUCUAUACGGUCUUAAGCAGGUUUGAAAGCUCGAUACAUUUAUUAGUGGACGUUUGUGUUUACGGCGAAGCUCAAACAAUCAGAGUCUUUACACACGCGCAACAAGGAGCAAAAUUGUUAUCAUCGUUUUGUACGUGUGAUAUGAUCUUGUUAUUGCUGGUUCAAUGUAGGAAGUGGUAGAGAACGUGAAGAAAUGUUUUUCAGACGAGUUCGAGAUGAUUGAUAUUGGCGAUAUCAAGUGUUUUCUUGGGAUGAACGUAAGUUACAACAACGAACAAGGGGUGAUGCAGAUUCACCAGCGGCAUUAUCUUCAAGUUGUCUUGAGACGGUUCAAGAUGGAGACAUGCAAGCCCUGUUCGACGCCUAUAGAGAAUCCGUCAUUAAUCGAUUAAAUGAUCAUUACUGCUUUCGAUUUAAUGAUCAGGUGGUGGACUACUUUGCUACGGGUAAAACCAAGUCACAGAAAGCCAGAAAUGGCAGGCCGAGACCUCUCGAGGUUGUCUAUUGCCAAGGAAGAAGAAGAAGAAGGUCCUGACAAUGGCAGAGCCGUGAUUCGAUUGUCAUCCGUUUCUCAUUUGCAAGAAACCAACUAAAUGGUAUUUCUAAGUACAGUAAGCCAAUAUAUGACCUAUCAGGUCGUUAAAUCAAGAAGAAGAAUAUCAGAUUUACUAGUGUAAUGGACAACCAAAAUCAACCACUGGAUUAUCUGUGUCAAAUAAAAAAGAGAAAUAAUGUUUUUACAAAAACUUAUAAAAAGCUACUUAAAUCUGAAAAAACGCGUUCUGUUAUGCUACAUUCCGAUCGCAUUACUCUUGCGAAACUAUAGGGCAGACACUUUUUUAAAACAAUGCAGAGCGUGAUGAGUUACGAGGCCACGCAGAAAAGUGUAUGAAAGACACGUUUCAUGGUAAAAAUAUACACACAACUUCUUAACCCACCGGAUCCACAUGGUUCAUGAUGAGAUGCUUCCGGAAGAACGAAUUAUUAAAAAGACGACGCGAAAGAUUUUUUAGUAAGCACGUUUCUACUACAGUUUAAAGAGCUCAAUAGUUCCCCAGCUAUCUGGGUAUGGUUUUUAUCCUCCACGUUCAAGUACAAGGUGCAUUCAGCGGUAUGACUGUACAUCUAGGCUUCAAAAACCUAUAGUUGCAGAUCGUUAAAACCCCUUCUCCACUAAUGGUCAUGGUAAACAAUGUCAGUAGUAUCAAUAAUGCGGCGGCUGGUACGUGUUGACACAGCGUAGAGGAUUCUAUUAAAACGGUUGGCUUGUGGCCGCGGAGUUGUUUCAGUCCCCUUCGUUACGGCAACCUCGGAUAGAGAACUGCUGCUGCCAGGCUUGUUGCACUGCAGUCUUGUUUUCCAGGCACCGUACGUUGCUGUUCCGUUCUUCCAAUGUUUCCCCUGCUAUAUCAGCAGCCACUGUUUUCUUUUUGUGUGCUGGCAUUACAACGGAAGGAAAAGCUUGGACACAUUGGUAUCACUAAGCUGCACAAACAACAUUUGCAGCCUCACACGUCCUCAUGCUGCAAAAUGCCCUUAAAACCAGUACAUCCGGCGGCACGAUGCGUGUAACAUGUUCGCAUUCCGCUCAUUCGCUGGCAAGCCGCCGAACCGAACGGAAGCGUUUGCGGAUUUUGACCUUGCGAGACGGGUGUGGGUGUGUGUGCGAAAGUGUGAGUGCAAGCAUUUGUGUGAGUGGGUGAGCGUUUGUGUGUUUGCAUUCUUAGUGCAACGUGAAUAGAUCACUGUUUACUCUUUACCCGCUAGAUCAGUGGUUUAAGAUAAGAAGGCGAAGAAUUGGAAAACCAAACGUGCAAAGUAACUAACCCAAGCGGGAAGUUCAAUAUCACUAGGUGCGCAACUAGCUACAGUAGAUGUGAGACAUGUGUUUUCUAUGUGCGUCAUUUUCGGCCAUCGGGAUGAUGUGCUACGUGCUACAGUUCCUAGCAGUGGUAGCAGUAAUAAAGGCAACGCUGCCUCCCGGAGAUUCUACACCUCUAUCAACCACAGACUCGCCUUUACUCAGCAGUAUUCUAGUGCCACCAACAUCAUCUUCGCCCCUACCUCAGCUUACAUUUCUGACGAUUAACAACUGUGAAGGACAAACCGUACAGCAUCUGAAUUAUGUGGAACGAUCCGCAAUUCCGCUCGAUUGUCGAUGUCCUCCCGGGUAUGUUGCUGUACGUACGUACGGGCAGACCAACCGAAUAUUAUGUGUCGGUGUUCGGGCGGCAAAACCUUGGCAAGAUGGAUGCGUUCAAUCCGGAACCGCCACAGACAUUUACGAUCUGGAUCCGGACGAGCUUGGUGUGGUGCGGGAAGUUUUACUACGUAUGAACGUGUCCGAGUGCUGGAUAUCUGCCCGGCGACUUCUCAAAUAUGGUGCACUGGUACGCCGGCUCCCGGGAUCGCAAUGGAAUGCGCCAAUUAAGCUGUCAACACGAUACAGCGUUCCAAUGUCGGGCACCAACUACAGCAAGGAUCUGGACUGUGCAACAGUACGCAUCGAUCAACAUUCCACACAGCUGUCCUACCAAAAUUGCUCGAUCACUCUGCCGCAGUUGUGUUUGUACCGGGAAACCAAUCUGCUCCAGUUACACUGUGACAAGGACGAGUUUACCACGCGGUAUGCAAGCUACCAGCAAUUCUGUUUCAGCAUUAGAAAAAGCAACUGGAAUAGUAUCGAAAUGAUAAAACUGCAAACUCAGUUUAGGUUGGAGGUAAACGUGAAUGGCAUUUUUUCGAUCGAUAGCAACCGAAAGGGACAGUUGCUGGUUGAAAUGUACGACACUUCUAAGGAUUGUAGCGAGAGCUCUAACGUGGUCUACGCUGAUCAAAAGGAGAGCGUGCAUCAUGCACACAAGCGAGAUUUGGAAGAUUCAAGCGUUGUUCAAGCGAUUCUUAAUAAGAACCUGAUACCGAUAAUAUCUUCCAAUCGGCAAAACUUUGCCUGUAUCGCACAACAGCGACGUCAGAUUGUGGGUGACAGUUUAGUCACUGCCGAUGGUACAGGCCCCAGUAUGUAUCUGUACUUCGACAAGGCACGCCGUAAGCUCUUCCUUACCGUGUACGGUGACCGUUGGUUUUGGCGGGAGAACAACUCCAGCGCUGGGUUCGUAUGCUUCACCAACACCAACGACGAACAGCUUCACCGCCCGAAAACUUCUAAGUUGCAUGCAUCUCGCAUCAAAUGGGGUGAACCUGCACGCAACGGUUGGUCGGAUGCGAACCGGACGAUAUACAAGGUGGAGCUGAAAGAUGAUGGGCCACCACGGCCGUACUGGUGCGAAGCACACUUGGUACCAGACUUUGCCCUCAUUCAGACAGACACCGUGCUGGCCCAACGGAAAGCAAACUGUAAACGAUACUUCGCUGCUACAAUUGAACUGCUGAUGAAUCGGUCCAGUAUCCGUGGUCCGGAAUCACUACGACUCAAGGAUUAUGACAGCAGGGUUAGAGAGUACAUUAAAACCCGCCGGAAGCAGCAGCCCGACCUAAAGCACAUCUUCGAUGAAAUCAAAACGUAUGAAGUAAAGCGGGUGGAAGAUUUCUGGACUUCGGCUAACAAUGAGUGGUACAUGGUGCGGUUAUUGUUGCACAUCGUCACCAAGUGUGGCAAAAAGUGGGACAAACCGGAGCACGAUGAAAGCAAUGAAAUCGAACUACCUUUGAAAUAUUUGGACUACUAUCGAACGCACAAAAAGCUAACUACCGCACUCGAGUCGCUGAACGAUGACAAAUUUCGGUUCCUCGGGAUAAAUAGUACGGAGUACUGUUUACCCGACAGUCUCAAGCUGCAACCAGGGAAAAACGUAUGGUGGCCCGCACGGUUAGGUGAAACGGUUGCACCAAGAAAUCUCUGUCUAGUACAGCACAGUGGACUCCCGCUCACUAGACGCUGCCUGGGUGAUUACCUUUACGGAUGUACUUGGGACUGGAAUCCCGGCAGUGAUCACUGCUCCAACAAAAAACGACCCACAACUAAUCUCCUAUACCGAUACAGUGUUAGUCAGCUGAAUCAAAGUGUGCUGAGCGAUGUACUCAACAACGCAGUAGAUGUACUAGCUACCCCGGAGGACGUUAUUCCUGCUGAUCUUUUCUACAUCUCAAAGACGCUCGAAAACAUUCCCACACUUCUGCUUGACCCGAGCGGAUUGGUUGACGAGGAACGACACGAAGAAUUCGGUAGACAGUACUUUUGCAACAUUAGCAAAAUCAUGAGCCGGAUGAUGUAUUUAAACGAAUCGACCGUUUUGCUGUCCCAGAGGGCACUGAAUACUACCAAUAUUAUGUUGGACGCUACGGAAACAAUCGUGAAUCAGUUGGCCCUAGUGAACGAUACGUUGGAACUACUGCAGGGAGGACAGUACAAUUGUCAGGAGCACCCCGGUACGACACAGCAACAGGUUCGACAAAAUGAUGGCACGGUACUGUUUCGUACCUCAAGGUUGAUAGUGUUGAUAGCAGAUCCUACUGUGGCAAACGUGACAGGGUUAGCAUUGUUCCGUAACCGAACACCCCGUUCAGAGUCUGACGAUCUUUCGGAUGUUGGGGAAAAUCCGGAGCAAGAAGACUUUAGUGAUUGCAGCCUGCGGUACUUGUACAUGAACCAAUCGAUAGAAUCACUGCUACAGGAAGGUGAUCUGGAAAUAGGAUCCUUUAUUCCGCAGCACGUGAUCGAGAGUCUGGACGAGCUUAAUGUCGCAUUCGCAACGCCUGAUGAAGAGGAAGAUUCCGAUACUGCUGAAGCUAGCACUGCACCAGCGAGUGAGACAGUCGAGGACUCUCUGCCAGUCUCGAAAUCGUUGCGCAUUAUUAUCACCAUCUACUACAACGAUCACGCAUUUCGUGAAACGAAAAACGGUACGAUAGCACGCCCUAACUCGAAAAUCAUCAGCGUCAACCUGCCUGGGUACGGGUCCCGAAUGCCGGGCGAAAUUCCGAUCUACACUCGUGAACGUACCCGCGAUCUUCCCGGACGUUGCGGUUACUGGUCGUUCGAGUCAGACAACACGACCGAGUUUGGGCACUGGUCGUACGACGAGUGCCGGUUGUUAAACGUUUCCGGCCCACUUGCACUGUGCGGUUGCUUUCACCUCACAUCCUUCUCGCGACUCACGAAAGAUAUACAGAUGGUGGAAACUGUAGGCGUUUCGCAGAAGUUUAUCGCGGACAAGGGUACACUGGCGUUGGACAUCAUCACCGCGAUCGGCUGCUCAAUGUCACUGCUUGGUGUGGUUGGAAUAUUUGCCACCGCUAUUCUUUUCCCAAGCUGGCGAGCAAAGGCGAGCAGCAAAAUUCUGCUCCAACUGUCUUGUGCGAUCGCCGUCGAGAUGAUUAUUAUUUUUCUCGAAGGUCCCGAUAUUGAUCAGAAUCGGAUCAGUCAGAUCGAAUGUGCACUGCUUGGUGCCAUCUUUCACUACAUCAUUCUUGUGACGUUUAUGUGGAUGCUCAUCACUGCCUAUCUACAGUUUAUGCGGUAUGUCAAAGUGCUAGGUCGCUUACGGCCGACUCAUUUCAUUCUGAAGGCAACGGUUUGCUGCUGGGGUGGACCUCUGCUGAUUGUCACAUUGUUUCUCAGCGUGAAUUAUACGCUGUAUCUCAAGCGCGACAACCUGUCGGACAUCUGUUACCCACACGGAAGUGCGCUCUGGUACGGGUUGUUGCUACCGAUCGGGUUGAUUAUCUUAGUAAAUCUCAUCAGCUUUGUGAUAGUGAUGUACCAUAUCUUCACCAUUCCAAGCAACCUGACGAAAACGGCUGACCAUGCGAUGACGCUGGCACAACUUCGUCUGUCCGUGUUUUUGUUCUUUUUGCUUGGGCUACCGUGGAUAUUCGGUAUGCUGACCACAGGGACGGAGGACAAGCUGUUCGCCUACCUGUUUUGUCUAACCGCACCGGUUCAGGGUUUUGUGCUGUUUGUGUAUUUCGUGCUAAUGGAUCCGACUGCCCGUCGGUUCUGGUGCCGAAAAUUUCAGCGCUUCCCGUGCAUUGCACGCGCUGCCAAACAGAUGGAUGGUGAACAGAUGACAUCACCAAACACAUCGUUCAAUACGUAUCUUUAAGCUAAUAAUACUUCUGCAGCAAUCAAACCAAUGUGUGUAUGUGCCUUUUUUUGCCCAUUUUUUGAUAGUUGUUUAACACAGUAUGAGCUACGCUUUCUACUGCUGCAUUCCUGCGGUUUUCAUUUAGUAAGUCACUUCACAUGGUCCCAUAUUUAUUAAAGCACUCCUUACCCUAACCGAGUAGCACCUGAACUAAUCAUCUAAUUCCGACACUGAAUGAAGUCACUAAUGUAAGAGUCUUACCUUUUAUUUUUUGGCACAGUUGUCAGUCACCGGUCACAACUUUUCGGUGACAGAUUGGCAUCAAAACCACUAACAACCAAAAAUAAAAACAAAAAAUUACAAAAACUAUGUGCUUCGUUGCACAGGACACAGUUUGCUCUAGCGUUUUUGUGCGUCCUCCAGUCUUAAGAUCAACCGAGAGACUAAAAGUCGCCACAGGUCGGUCACGCUUGGUGCCUUAAGACCACACGGGACCCUGCCCAUUCCAUUCCCUCCCCAUUGUUAUACACUCCAGCAAUAGGUAGUAGAGCAGAGGAGCAAGAUCCGCAUUGCCUAUUAACGUGCUUAGGGAGCGCAAAAGUAAAAUACCAUUAUCCAAUCAAGCCACAAAACAGCCAACCACUUGAAGGAUUCCGAAAUGGAUUGCUCGCAUUAUUCAAUUUACCGGUAGCUGUUGUAGGCAUUGUGUGGCGUUGUGCGUCUCGGUUUGGCACUGUUUCCCCGCGCAUCAUUCGCGGGUCUCGGCACUCGGCCACUCGGAAGAAGUGUGUUGAUGUGUUCAUUAACUCACUCUUCCACACUGCCGGAAUCCCGUAAGCCCUAAGGUAUGAGUUUCUAGCUGUCACCCUCUGUCCUUUCCCUGUUUUCGGGAUUGAUUUGUCCUGUUGAAGGAAUUUACUCGCAAACAAACGCAUUUAUUAUAUGGAUCAUUUGGAACGGAUGUACGCAAGCUGGAAAAUCAACGUACGUCUCAGUACUUUGGACCGCAACCACCAGCGUAUGUUGAGUAAAAUCGAUCACGAGUGAUAAAAAACACAUUCAUAUACAGUCAUACAUACCACCUAAUGGAUUGAUUAGACACACUGACCCUGAGACAUACGCACGCAACAUUGCGACAGAUAAACUAAAUACGAUACCAAAUUGUCACCCUUUUUUUCUCUAUCGCAACCUAGUAUUUCCAUUAGUGAAGCAAACAAAGCUCCAGAAGCCAAGAAGCUGUAUGUUUAGUUUAAUGUCGGUGACGCUUUUGUUGACGUAUAGCAAACAUUGCAAUGUUGUACAGAAAAAAACAAAAAAACCUUCAAUUAGUAUCAAGCUGCUGCACGAGUCAAUAAAUUAGUGGAUAGGCAGUUAUAUGCAAAGUGCACAGCAACAGUAUGGCACGGGCAAAAAAAUGGAACACCCUAUUCCUUCAUUUGUCAAUAUUUAAUCCAAACAAACAAACAGGUGCAAAUGAGGUGUGAAUGUUGAGUGAUUAUUUCGAGACGGAAUGUCAAUACGUUCCAUUAUUUUGUUAGUCACGAGAUACCGAUUGAGAGAGGUUGGACGUAGAGAAAGAGCAAGGGAGAGAGAAAGAUAGAGGUAGCGAGAGAGAGAGAAGGGAUGUGCGGUUUGAUAUUAUGUAUAUGAAUGUAUAAAUAGUUGUAUGAAAUUAUUUGCAUUUUAUGAGCUAGUCUUUAAUAAUUAUAUCUCCGAUAGUUACCGCGUCAUGCAAAAUCAAUUGCAAUUAAUUUACUCGUAAUAGUAUACAGCAUAUGAAUAAACUACGUCUUCUACAUGAGUAUGGGAAGAUCUAUACAUUAAAAAUUUCGAAUUCAAAUCAAAGUUUUGUAAGAUUUCAUAUAAUAAUAUUGAUCCCACAAUCUGCCAUAAAAUCACCUUCAAAAUCUGAAAUUACAA